AUGGCUGAUGCUCUCAUUUCCGUGCUGCUAGAACGGUUGGUCUCGAUAACCUAUGAAUACGUGGAAGGAGAGUUGAAACAUGUUUUGAACGUUAAGGAAGAUGUUGAGAAAUUCACUCGGACUCUCCGAGUAAUUCGAGCUGUGCUUGAGGAUGCAGAGCAACGCCAAGUGACGGAUCAAGCUGUCAAAAUCUGGUUGGAUGAGCUCAAAGAUAUAUCCUACCAGAUGGUGGAUGUGCUGGAUGAGUGGAACACAGACAUUCUCAAACAACAAGUUGAGAAGCAAGAAGUGAUCCAAAUGCUUUUGUUACAAAGAAGAAGGGAUGGGAGGCAUGGUAAGACCACUUUGACCCAAAUAGCCUAUAAUGAUGACCAUGUGAAAGCCCAUUUUGAGAUCAGAAAAUGGUUUUGUGUGUCAACCCUUUUGAUGAGAUUAAGAUUGCCAAAGAUAUUAGUGGCGAUUGCGCCAGGAGUUCAAAUCAGCUGGAUUAUGUCUUGCAACGUAUGUCUGAAUCCAUCCAGGGCAAAAGGUUUCUUCUUGUCCUGGAUGACGUGUGGACUGAAAACCGUCAAAAGUGGGAGCUUUUAA